CUGCUCGGCCGCGCGUCUGAGCCGCCCGGGCCCUGAGCGCAGGCGGCGAGGCCACCGCACCUGCAGCGCGCUCGGGCUGCCAAGCAGGCGCUUCGCCUCCCGCCGCCGGGCCUCCCUCUACCCCCGCGCCGGGUCUCCCGUGACACCCGAGACCCCCCCGGCCGACGACAAUGACCACUUCCCUGCAAGAUGGGCAGAGCGCCGCGGGUAGGGCGGCUGCCCAGGACUCGCCGCUGGCCACCCAGGUGUGCGGCGCUGCCCAGGGGAGGGGCGACGCCCGCGACCUGGAGCCUGCCCCCUGGUUGCACGCGCGGGCGCUCCUGCCCCCUCCGGACGGGACCCGCGGCUGUGCUGCAGACAGGAGAAAAAAGAAAGAUCUUGAUGUUCUGGAAAUGCCAUCUAUUCCAAACCCUUUUCCUGAGCUAUGCUGUUCUCCAUUUACAUCUGUGUUGUCAGCAGGCCUGUUUCCCAAAGCAAAUUCAAGGAAAAAGCAGGUAAUUAAAGUAUACAGUGAAGAUGAAACCAGCAGGGCUUUAGAGGUACCCAGUGACAUAACUGCCCGAGAUGUUUGCCAGCUGUUGAUCCUGAAGAAUCAUUACAUUGAUGACCACAGCUGGACCCUUUUUGAACAUCUGCCUCACAUAGGUCUAGAAAGAACAAUGGAAGACCAUGAGCUGGUGAUUGAAGUGCUAUCUACCUGGGGAAUGGAAGAAGAAAAUAAACUAUACUUUAGAAAAAAUUAUGCCAAAUAUGAAUUCUUUAAAAACCCAAUGUAUUUUUUUCCAGAGCAUAUGGUGUCUUUUGCAACUGAAACCAAUGGUGAAAUAUCCCCCACACAGAUUUUGCAGAUGUUUCUGAGUUCAAGCACAUACCCUGAAAUCCAUGGCUUCUUACAUGCAAAAGAGCAGGGAAAGAAGUCCUGGAAAAAGAUUUACUUCCUUCUAAGAAGAUCUGGUUUAUAUUUUUCUACUAAAGGGACAUCAAAGGAACCCCGGCAUUUGCAGUUUUUCAGCGAAUUUGGCAAUAGUGAUAUUUAUGUGUCCCUGGCAGGCAAAAAAAAACACGGAGCACCGACUAACUAUGGAUUCUGCUUUAAGCCUAACAAAGCGGGAGGGCCCCGAGACCUGAAAAUGCUCUGUGCAGAAGAAGAGCAGAGUAGGACGUGCUGGGUGACUGCGAUUAGAUUGCUUAAGUACGGCAUGCAGCUGUACCAGAAUUACAUGCAUCCCUAUCAAGGUAGAAGUGGCUGCAGUUCUCAGAGUGUCUCACCCAUGAGUCCCACCUUUCUCGGUUAUCACAGAAGAACCAGUGACCUAUAUAAUGGAUGCCAGUGUUCCUCACCUGCGUCGGCUGGUUUUCUUCCAGACACUGUCUUCAGUGAGAAUCAUAGAAAACUGAGUAUACUUCAGUUAUAUAUUUUUAAGGGAACAAUAUUCUUAAUUUCUCCAGGGAUACAUUUUGAGAAGGGAAAUAAGAAAAAAAAAAUGUCUUAUACCGCUAUGUGCAGCACAUCAUGGCCACCCCUGUCUGCCUUUGAAAUGAGAAUCAUCAGCAGAUAUUUCAGGAAGCCAAAUAUGUGGUCCUUUUCAGCACAAAGAAGCAUCUGAUAGUAUGGCCCUGACUGGAGAGAGGGGAUGGGGAAAACUAGUCUACUUAAGUCCUUACUACUCCUCACUCUCGACCCUGAGCUAGACGUUGAAAACUGCACUUUCUUCCCUGUUCCUACCCCUCUGUGGUACAUAAAAGAACCCGGAAAGAGUCUGUCUGUCACUGCUUUUACCAUAAGCUGCCCAUGUGACCUUGGUUUAGUCACUGGUAUCCUGCAAUGUAAAACAAGGGAGACAGUUGCCUAAGUUCAGAAAUUGAUUACAUCUCUGAUGUAUCAGAGAUGUAGAGAGAAUGAAGCAGAGAGAAUGAUAUCAGGAACUCCUGUGCCCUCUUGCUAAGGACCGUGCUGCAGGUUUAUCUACAUCUUUCAAAUGGGGUGACAGAGAGUGUUGGCUACUCGUUGCCACCAACCUACACUACCUGAAAAACAUUUCAUGUCCAAAGCUCACUAAGAGUGACUGGAUCUGAUCUCAGAGUGUGGCCUGGAUAAUCCAGGGUGUACCCAGGCCUCUUCUUUCUUGAAAAAAGAGGUAUGUCGUUAAAAUCAUGGGCCCUUUUCCAGGGCUUGCCCUCUUUAUUCCACCAGAAGAAAGAGCUAGAAAAAGGGACCAAUAUUUGAGAAAUACACUGAUUCUGAAUGUUAUCAACAUUGCUUUCUUAUGUGAAAGAAAUUGAGCUGAAAAUGACCUUUUGAGUUCAAGUCAGAUUCCGCUUCACUUCUAUUUCUUUGUCCACCAAAGGUAAACUAUUAAUUUUUCAUCCACCACCUGCUAUUCAGUAAGAGCCAUUUGCUAUAUUCCUGUGUUUUCCCUAGUGUAGUUAAUAUAGCAAAUGAAAAUAUUUAUUUGUAUUGUAGAGUCCCUACUAAUAUCAAGUAAUUAUGGAACAUGGGACCUCGUUUUACAUUCUAUCCUGUUGUAUCGUAGGCAAACAAAAACAACCGGUUAAGUUUAUUUUUCUUUUCUAAUAGUAUUUUUUAUGUUAUCAGGACGUGGUGAUUACGGGGCCCAUCUUGGCAUGUGAAGUAGAGAUCUUAUAAGGACAAAGCUAUCAUUAUGAUUGAGAUUAGUUACUCUGUGGUUUGGGCAGGUGAAGGCUUUUCAUUAGUGUCCGCAAAGCAGCAGUGUUUCUGACUAGUCUCCAGCCCCGCACAGAAGAUCACGCGGGGAGAAGGGCAAACGAAGGUGUGACAGCAAAUAGAGAUUACAAGGACAGCAUCUUUCUGGAAAGAGCAGCUGUCUGUUACAAAGGCUCCUGUAACAAAUGAAAGAUUGCCUGCCGGAUCUCUGGAAAUACAGAUGAACCGUAAUAAGACUGUGGGCCACUACAGCAGAGUUUAAAGGGGAGAUAGCAAAUGCUAAUGACAUAGGAUGUAUGACGCAGUGAUAAGUGAGCCCCCCAAUUUUUUGCAUGGACGAGGUGUUCUUUUAAGCAUACAUUUGACUAGGCUUUUAGACCAAGCGAGGAAGGGCUGAAUCCAUGUGGAGAGAUAUGAAAUGGUCUUAAGCCACGAAUCUCCAGAGGCACACCAGCUCUUCCUUUACCAUUAGAACUCCAUUCUUGGUUUCGCUCCUCUGUUAAUGAGUGGGGAGUAAGUGUUAAACAUUUUCCAUUGCUGGUUUUGAAUGCUUUUUCCUUUGGGGGAGUGUUACUUCUUACAAACUGACUGAGACUCUCGACUGGAGAUUUGAUAAUUGUCUUUUUUUUUUUUUUUUUUUAGGAUGCAUGACUGGGAAUGGCACUCUUUUUAAAAAGAUGGUUGCAAAGUAGAGCCCUAAACAAUCAAAAAGUAAAACUAAAGUCCAGGUUUGGACAUAUUCCCCUUCAGAGAAUACGAAGACAAAAAGUAAUGCCAAAGGAAGACUGUAUUAUUUGUUUAAAUUAGGUUUGCUUGGCGAUGUCUUCCUUCUAUAUCAGUUCUUUUUUUGUCAGUCACAUUUAUUUUUGCAGCUCUCAGUUUUCCAUGUGCAUCCUCACCAGUUGAAAAUAUAUUCAUAUAAGUAAAUCAUAGAAAUUUUAAUAUUAUGGAAUUAGUAGAGUCAUUUCACUAAAUUUUCUUUUCUUCUUUUAAAGAUGUAUUUAUUUAUUUGAGAGAGAGGGAGAGAGAGGAUGCUUGCACGUGCG